ACAUUGUGGCUGCAAUACGUAAUCUUGGCUGGUCAUGGCUUAAUUGCUUUGGACACAACCUCCAUUUGGCUGUUUCCCAUGGACUGGACAGUGACAAGGAUCGCACAGCGCGUGCCAUGGGACUUUGUAGGAAUCUUGUCAACACCUUCAACCUGAGCUGGCUAAAGAAGAGAGACCUGAGGAAGGCACAGACUGAAACCAAUGUCCCCCAACACAAUCUAGUACUGGAUGUCGCCACACGAUGGGGUACCAAGCAAAAAAUGAUAGAGAGGGUCCUAGAGCAACUCCCAGCCAUAAGACGUGUCCUGGUUGAAGAUCGAAAACAUGGCCACCUCAACCCAACCUGGCAGGAUGUUUCUGUGUUAGAAUCCAUUAAUGCAGCAAUCAAGCCAGUGGCUGAUUUCACAGAUGUCCUCUCAGGGGAAAGAUAUGUCACUGUGUCCUCAGUAAAGCCUGUGUUGGAACUUCUUCAAGGCAAACUCUUAUCACCAGACCCAAAUGACACUGCACUGACAGCAAACAUAAAGGCAAACAUGUGCAAGGUAUUGAAAACGAAAUACAGCCCAUCUGAAAUCCAAAACCUUCUGACAAAGGCCACCAUCUUGGAUCCAAGGUAUCGUAGUACCAUGGAGGAUGCAGAGGUCUUGGAUGAUGUCAAAGAAAAGCUCUUGCAAGAACUACUAGACAUGAACGAGGAAGAAUUAAAAAGAGAAUGUGCCAGUGGUGAGAACUGCGUUAAAGCUGCAGGGGUAAGCGAAGGAUCUGAAUCUGAACCUCCAGCAACCAAGAAAAAGAGGCUGUGUGACCUUCUCCAGAUCAGGAGAACCCAACUUACAAGUCACCAGACUCUGGCAUCGGUUCCAAAAAGAGUGUAGGCUGAUGCGGAGCUGACCAAGUUCCUCCAAGAAGAAGCAGUUGAUGCAUCAUCUGAUCCCUUAAUGUGGUGGAGUGAUAACCAUAGCAGAUUUCCCCAAAUAGC